GGAGGUGGAGCAAAGGGCGGGCCCCGAGACUCCGCCCAUCCCACAAAGCGGAGUUUUGUUGGUCUCUGGACCUUACCGGUUGUGCGGCCCAGGAGAGUGACUACAGCCAGGAUGGCUUCGAAGUCAGAGGACGGUGGGACUAUGUGUGCGCUGGAGUUUACAGUGCAGAUGAGUUGUCAGAGCUGUGUGGACGCUGUGCACAAGACCCUGAAAGGGGUGGCAGGUGUCCAGAAUGUGGAUGUUCAGUUGGAGAACCAGAUGGUGUUGGUGCAUACCACUUUGCCCAGCCAGGAGGUGCAAGCACUCCUGGAAAGCACAGGGAGGCAGGCUGUACUCAAGGGCAUGGGCAGCAGCCAAUUACAGAAUCUGGGAGCAGCAGUGGCCAUUCUGGAGGGCUGUGGCCCCGUGCAGGGCGUGGUCCGCUUCCUACAGCUAUCCUCUGAACUCUGCCUGAUUGAGGGAACCAUUGACGGCCUCGAGCCUGGGCUGCAUGGACUCCAUGUCCAUCAGUAUGGGGACCUUACAAGGGACUGCAAUAGAUUAGGCACAUCCUCUCUAUUGAGCUCAGACAGGGGCAUCUCUGUUGACGAAUGGAUACUACAGUCAGUCUGCAACUUUAGGGAGACCCUCUGCUCCAGUUGUCGGAGGACCCACAUAGAGACUGAGCUUCAUCACCGGGGAGAUCUGGGCAAUGUCCAAGCUGAAGCUGGUGGCCGGGCUACUUUCCGGAUAGAGGAUAAACAGCUGAAGGUGUGGGAUGUGAUUGGCCGUAGCCUGGUUAUCGAUGAGGGAGAAGAUGACCUGGGCCGGGGAGGCCAUCCCUUAUCCAAGAUCACAGGGAAUUCUGGGAAGAGGUUGGCCUGUGGCAUCAUUGCACGUUCUGCAGGGCUUUUCCAGAAUCCCAAGCAGAUCUGCACCUGCGAUGGCCUCACUAUCUGGGAAGAGCGAGGGCGGCCCAUUGCUGGUCAAGGCCGAAAGGACUCAGCCCAACCCCCUGCUCACCUCUAAACAGAGCCUCGCACCAGAUGGCUCGGUCCUCCUAGCUGAACAUCUUCUUGCAGAGGGAGCUGCGGGCCCUUGCUUGUACAGGCCUAAGCACAGAGCAGAUAGGUGGUGUUGUUCCUGAACAAAUUAAAUUGUUACUUUCAUAUGGCA